AGCUUGCUCCCACCCUCCUCUACCCUCACCACCAACCCGUCUUUACCUCCUAUAAGCCACCUGUCUGCGCUUUCAUCCGGUGGCAGACGGUGACCAUGUGGUGUCCGCGAGUAUAAUGAGUCGGAAUGUAGGCAUCGCGACCGGCGCGUUUUUGCGGCGCUCCGGAGACCUGCCGCUUCGUCAACAUCAUGCGCCGCUCCCUCGAGGCGAAUUCGCAGCGUCGCUACUUUUACGAGGGGGAGGCCAGGUAGCGAGACGGUCAAUUACCUCGAGUUCGCGCACAUUCGGUCACUGUCCGCCUAGGAUAGCUUUUCAACCCUCCUCACGCAUCGCACCGAUCUCUCCACUUCUCCUCCAGCAACCGGUGGGCCGACCGAGCCAUAUCUACCAGAGCGUCUCGUUUGCGGCAGCUUCAGCAUGGAGUCGUGGCGCACGAACAAAGGCGAAUACACAGUUGCGAAAAUCCACCACUGCAAAUCGGCGUAACAAGAGCUCCGUCACGGAUGGUUCAAACACGAAGCUAAAAGGUCCCUCCACGCCGCAAGCCGAGCUCUCCCCUCAACCUAAAGCCCCUCCCAACCCGCCGAAUGCUCCCAAAGAGCCCCCUAAACCCGAAUCCGACCCGUCGUCGAGCUCCGGGAAGCACUUCCUCGAUCGCAUCCCUCAGAGCCUCCCACAUCUAUACAGGCCAAGCAAAGCUGAGCUUCUCCAGGCAGCGUCAGGCUUCUGGUCGCGUGUAAAAGUCCAUUUCAAAUGGCUCACAAUCAGGAGCACGCGUCCCUUCAACGCGGACGAAAUAUACGCGCUGUUUUCGUGGAUAGUGGCUGCGCAUUUCCUCUGGAUCAUCCUCGGUACCACAACCUUCUUCAUGUUGGCCGUCUUCCUGAUCAACACCGUCUUUGCGCAGGAGACGUUGGCCAAGUGGAUCGGCAACUACCUGACUGGCUCCUCCGGCAUCAAGGUAGUUUUUGAAUCAGCCGUCGUGCCCAAGUGGAAAGACGGAGUAAUUUCUUUCAGGAAGGUCUUCGUGUCUCGAAGGCCGGGGCAAGGUCACGCGAAGGUCAGUAAAGGAUCGCAGACGUCAGCCGCAGCCGCCGCUGCUGCUAUUGCACAAAAAGAGAAAGAUGCUGCCGAAGGAGUAGAGGAAGAGGAGGACACAAAUUAUAGUCAAUUCGACAUAUCAAUUGACACCGUCAACGUCACUUUGUCGUUUUCGAAGUGGUUCAACGGCAAGGGUCUACUGAAGGAUGUCGAGAUCAAAGGGAUCCGUGGUGUCGUAGACAGAACCCCUGUACAUUCGAUCGAAGGCGUUGACCCACGGUCGUACAAGCACGAGCACCACCCCGGCGAUUUCGAAUUGGAUUCAUUCAAGAUGGAGGACUUGUUAAUUACCAUCUACCAGCCGGACAACUAUCGCCCAUUCUCCGUCAGCAUCUACUCCUGCGAUCUUCCACAGCUACGGAAACAGUGGCUGUUCUAUGACUUUCUGUCGGCCAACAUGAUGUCGGGAUCUUACGAUAACUCCCUGUUUACGAUACACCCCCGACAGACGCACAACUAUACCGGUACACAAUUGAACGAAGGCCGCGACACAGAGGGCGGUAACCGCUGGAAAAAGCAAAGCCGGAUUAGGAUUGAUGGUCUCAACAUUGACCACCUAAACAGGGGCUACGAGGGGCCCUUUUCCUGGAUAUACGAAGGCAACGUCGACAUCGUUGCCGACGUCAUGUUACCCAAUGAAGACGAUGGCAGCCUCGCGAAAGUCAUGUCAGACAUGUACGACCGGGUCGAAGCUACCGUAACGCAAAACAACAGACACUACUCCGAUCACGCAGUGCACUAUUUCGAAGAGCAACACCGUGACUCCAAGGAGGAAAAGAAAGAGGACGAGGACCUCCGAUUCGUAAUCAUGGAUGUCCGCGUGCAUCUCAAUGAUGUACGAGCAGCGGUACCAAUCUUCACGAAAGACAUCUCCUACGUGAACAAUGCGCUCGUCCGGCCCAUUGUUGCGUACAUCAACUCCAAGAAAACCUUCAUACCAGUCAAUUGCAGAGUCGUCAAGCAAGCCAGCGAGUUCGAAGGAAGCUGGACCAUCUACGACAGCGGCUUAAUGGAGGACAUAUCGCGAGAGAUGUACGACGCCUUCGCCCGCGACGUCCUUGACGACAACACUGCUCGCAAACGCCGCAUAAAGAAAGUCGGCAUCUGGACGCUGCAGCUCGCCGCUCAGGCACUCUUCCUCGGCUUGGCUGGUAACAUAGCGUAAGCAGCGGAACUUCCACGCUGCGCUUUGGGCUUCUUGUAUAUUUAGGUAAUAGGGAAAGGUUUGGAGUUUCGGAGAGGCGGUCACCACUCGUAACGAACGGUUUUGGGUGGCUUGGCUCUUGAUGUUGCAUUAACCAUUAUUGGAAAGGGCCUUCUGGAUACACACACAAUGCACUGUAUAGUAGUAAUCCACGAUGAGAGAAUAUGAUGAGAGGCUAUCUCAAGG